AUGAGCAGCUCAAAUAGAUGGCCUCUCCCUCGUCUAUACUCAGACGUAAAUGUAUAUAGGCCUCGUGAAUACUGGGACUAUGAAAGUUUACAAAUUGAGUAUAGUUUCCCUGACAAUUAUGAAAUUGUGAAAAAAAUUGGCAGAGGUAAAUAUAGUGAGGUGUUUGAAGGUAUAAAUAUUCAAACUAAUGAAAAAGUGGUAAUAAAAGUGCUAAGACCUGUUAAAAGAAAGAAAAUUAAACGUGAAAUAAAGAUUUUAUAUAAUCUACAUGGAGGCCCUAAUAUAAUAAGACUGUUGGACAUAAUAAAGGAUCCAGGCAGUGGCACUAUUAGUUUGAUAUUUGAACAUCUACAAAAUAUUGACUUUAAAAGUUUAUUUCCAACUUUUUCCGAUUAUGAUAUACGCUAUUAUAUAUUUCAAAUAUUAAAAGCUCUUGAUUAUUGCCACUCUCAAGGUAUUAUGCAUAGAGAUGUUAAACCUCAUAAUGUUAUUAUUGAUCCAAAUAAGAAAGAAUUAAGACUUAUUGAUUGGGGAUUAGCUGAAUUUUAUCAUCCAAGACAAGAUUACAAUGUACGGGUUGCUAGUAGAUAUUAUAAAGGUCCUGAACUUUUAAUUGAUUUUCAAUAUUAUGAUUAUUCACUGGAUAUUUGGAGUCUUGGCUGUGUUUUAGCUGGACUUGUUUUUAAAAGAGAUCCAUUUUUUUGUGGGGUAGAUAAUAAUGAUCAACUUGUCAAAAUUGCUCGUGUACUUGGAACUGAUGGUUUAUUUGAAUAUCUUGCAAAAUAUAAAAAACAAUUAGAACCAUAUUUUGAUGAUUUACUUGGUAGACAUACAAGAAAGCCUUGGAGUAAAUUUUUAACUAAUGAGAAUCAACAUUUUGUAAAUCCUUCAGUUCUUGAUUUAUUAGAUAAAAUGUUGGUAUAUGAUCAUGCAGAAAGAAUUUUACCUAAAGAAGCUAUGCUUCACCCUUAUUUUGAUCAAGUUCGUUUAGAAGAUGAAGCUAAAAAUAAAGUUAAGAAUAAUUCUAUAAUGAAAUCUUAA